AUGGAGGCUGCCGCUGCGGUCGUCAGUUUUGUAGGCCUAGCAGCCCCUGUUGCGCAGGGUCUGAAGUUUCUGUAUGACUUCACGACCGACAUGAAGGAUUGUCCAAAAGAGAUCCGCGAAAUGAAAACCGAUCUUGAAUUGGUGGAAGCUUUGAUCACGCAAGUGAUUCAGCAGUGCAAUGAGCGCGACGUGCGACUUCGAGAAAGCGCGGAACUGGCACGCGCGAUUGGCCACGCCCAGGAAAGCGUCGAAGAUCUGAAGAAAGAGCUGACUGCGUAUGUUGCGGAUGGAAAACGCAAGCGAUUCAGGUUUGCAGCCAAAAUCAGCCAAACGCAGAGGCUCAGAGCAAGCUUGGAUAGGACAAGGACCAUCAUGUUAGAUUUCAAAAACCAGCUGCAAAGCGACCUGCUAUAUGACAUCCGCGACACGAGUCAAAAGGUUCUCAGAUCAGUCGAGAAGACGAACCAAAACCUGGAAACAUACGACAAUAGCUUCCACAAAGUUGCGCAACAAACCGAGAUACAAGCGAAAACCACGAAUGCAUCUAUGGACAGAAUCGAGAGCUCGGUCCAAGUAACAAGCGACAACUCAUCCGAGGGCUUGACUGACAUAAAAAUUGUGGCGAAGAAGCUUGAACACAUUACAGACUUAUUGACGGAAACAAGAUUAUCGCCUUCACCGAGUUCGAUACCAUCAACACCUGCAUUAUCGCGCGAGGUCAGUGAUAUCUCAGCCAUCAGCUCGUCCCAGGAGACAACCGCCAGCAGCAUUACGAGCUCUCCAAGCAUUUCGCGAUCAAUCUCUCAGAAUCCUCGCCAAGCGAAUGCCCUUCCAGAACACCCCCUUCUACAAUUCAAGGACAAUCAGGCCCUAGCAUCGGAGUUGCUCAAGGACGACUUCGAGAUGGGCAAGGUAUGCGGGCUUCUGCGGACCUGCACCAGCAUACCCAUGGUACUAGAUAAUGCAACAUGGUCAAGAAAUGCCAACAUUCGGAUGCGAUAA